AUGAGUCCAGAGUACGAGAACAGCCAGGAAGGUGCACGCUACCUUGGGCAGGCAGCAAAUCACGCGAAAAACGCGAAGAGCAAUCUGCAAAUAAUCUUCCCACAUCAACUGGUGAACGUGAACCUCGCGAAAAGCGCGACCAUUCAGGAAAUUACCCCUCGUCUGCCACUAAUAUUUGGUGUUAUAGAGUUAUCACGAUUCACAAUAUUGAUUCUUCUCCUCGGAUUUCUUGUAGCGACCAUCAUCUACCACCGUGAAGUGGGGAUUCUUGAACACCCAGAAAGCAAGACAGCGCGUCUCAGAGGCUCAUAUGCAAAAAGUCUAGAGCUUGGAGCCAAGGCCGAGUCAGGAGCCCUUACUGUCGAUAUGAUAGUAGACGACACACGGGAGACCAAGGAAGCGGGCGCCCAGGGGCCCGCCCCAAGGAAGGACACGAUGAAAUACGAAGAGAAACUAGCGCAAAUAGAUGAGGACAAAGAUCAGAACAAGGAAGAUAUAUUCACCAUUCAACCUCUCAGGGCGUCCACCACCUCGCUCGAGAAGCGAAAAACUAUCAGUCGUUCCCUGAACACUUCUUCCAACACUGGGAUGGAUGUGCCGUCUCCCCCCCUCUGCACGAUCCUGUCACCGUCGGAGCACUCUGCCCACAAUUCUACGGGUACUGUGCGCCUGAUGAUCCAACUGACGCAAUGA